AAUGUAGAAAAUAGUAAAAAAUAAAGUAAAACUCUUGAAUGAGUAACACAAACAAAGCUGUAACACAACAAAAUGUGGAAUACUUCCUGAAUGCACUGUAUAUUGGUAUUGUCAUAAACAUUGAGAGGGUGAAAGAGGGAUCUGGCCGUUCCUUCAGGCAUGAUAAGAGGGUGGUUUCAAACACUCAAUCAAACAGUACAUCAGCCAGUGUGAAACAUUAUCCAAUGCCUCUGCAUCCUCUAGCUAGCUGUUUAACAGCAUUUGCAUUACAUGUGUUGUGUCAGUAUUUAAGGGGGUGUUUAUGAGAGAGUGAGCUAGAGAUAGAGGGAGGGAGGAGCGAGAAAGAGAGACCGAGAGUUGGAGAUCUAGAAAGGGGAAAUCUAAUUUUGUCCAGACUCUGAGUCAACAACUGACACACUUGUAGGAGGCUAUCAUAUCUGCCUGCAGACAACCAGUGGAUAUCAGUUCUCCUGUCCAUUGUGUGUGUGUGUACCACCAUGCCAUCCUACACAGUGACGGUGGCUACAGGAAGCCAGUGGUUUGCAGGGACUGAUGACUACAUCUAUAUCACCCUGGUGGGAACAGAGGGAUGCAGUGAGAGGACUUUACUGGACAAACCGCUCUACAACGACUUCGAGAGAGGGGCGGUGGACUCGUAUGAUGUGACGGUGGGGGAGAACCUGGGGGAGAUGGAGCUGGUGAAGAUAGAGAAGAAGAAGUACUGGGUUCAUGAUGACUGGUACUGUAAGUACAUCACAGUGAAGACUCCCUCUGGAGACUACGUAGAGUUCCCCUGCUUCCACUGGCUGGUGGACGACAAGGAGGUGGUCCUCAGGAACGGCAAAGCACUGCUGCCAAAGGAUGACAAGACCAGACUGGUGAAGCAACACCGACACAAAGAGCUGGAGAGCAGACGGAAAACCUACAGAUGGAGGGAGUGGCAGCCUGGAAUUCCUAUGAGUAUAGAUGCCAACACUCACAAGGAGCUUCCCAGAGACAUCCAGUUUGAUAGCGAGAAAGGAGUGGACUUCAUACUCAACUACAGUAAGGCGAUAGAGAACCUCUGUGUGAACCAGUUCAUGCACAUGUUCCAGUCCUCCUGGAAUGACUUUGCUGACUUUGAGCGGAUCUUCGUCAGGAUCAAAAACACCAUCUCAGAGUAUGUGAUGCAGCACUGGAAAGAAGACUUUAUGUUUGGUUACCAGUACCUGAACGGCUGUAACCCAGUGAUGAUCCAGAAGUGCACCAAGCUGCCAGAGAAGUUCCCCGUUACACAUGAAAUGGUGGCAGAUUGUCUGGAGAGAGAGAUGACUCUGGAGGAGGAGAUUGAGGCAGGUAACAUCUACAUAGCAGACUAUGAGUUGAUGGAAGACAUCAGUCCCAACAGUACAGACCCCUGUACUCUACAGUACCUGGCUGCUCCUAUCUGUUUGCUGUACAACAACAGCCAGAGCAAGAUCCUGCCUCUGGCCAUACAGCUGGGUCAGACUCCAGGGAAGGACAACCCUAUCUUCCUGCCCAGUGAUGGUCAGUAUGACUGGAUGCUAGCUAAGAUCUGGGUCCGCUCCUCUGACUUCCACAUCCACCAGACAGUCACACACCUGCUGAGGACUCACCUGGUCUCUGAGGUGUUUGGAGUGGCCAUGUUCAGACAGCUGCCUGCUGUACACCCUGCUUAUAAGUUGCUCCUUCCUCACAUUCGUUUCACCAUCGCCAUCAACACCAAGGCCAGAGAGCAGCUCAUCUGUGAGUUUGGCAUCUUCGAUAAGGCCAAUGGUACAGGAGGUGGAGGUCAUGUAGAGAUGAUCCAGAAGGCUAUGAGGUCACUGACCUUCAGGUCUCUGUGUUUCCCUGAUGCCAUUAAGGCCCGCGGGGUGGACAGCCCUGAGGACCUACCCUACUACUACUACAGAGACGACGGGAACCGGGUCUGGGAUGUCACCAAGAGUUUUGUGUGGGAUGUGGUGUGUAUCUACUACGACAGUGAUGACACAGUACAGAAGGAUGAGGAGAUACAGGCGUUUGUUAAAGAUGUCUGCAGCUUUGGGAUGCAGGACUUUGACUGCUGUGGGUUUCCCAAGUCCCUGAAGACACGCGAGGAGCUCACAGAGUAUCUGACUGUCAUCAUCUUCACUUCCUCUGCACACCACGCUGCUGUCAACUUUGGACAGUAUGACUGGUGCUCGUGGAUCCCCAAUGCACCCCCCACCAUGCGUAAGCCCCCUCCCAGACAGAAGGGGGUGGUAGAUGUGAAGUUCAUCAUCCAGAGUCUCCCUGACCGCGGCCGGUCCUGCUGGCACCUAGGGGCCGUCUGGGCCCUCAGUCAGUUCCAGGAGAAUGAGCUCUUCCUGGGGAUGUACCCAGAUGAGCACUUCAUAGAGAAGCCGGUGAAGGAGGCCAUGGAGUCGUUCAGGAAGAGACUGGCAGAGGUCAGCAGUGUCAUCAAAAUUCGUAACGAAGGCAAGAAACUACCCUACUACUACUUCUCUCCCGACCGCAUCCCUAACAGUGUGGCUGUCUGAGAAAGGAAUGAAGGGGAGAGAGCAAGGAAGGGAACAAGGAGGAGGGAUAGCUAUAUUGUCUGAUAUACACAGAGUGUACAAAACAUUAGGAACACCUGCUCUUUCCAUGACAAGCUGACCAGGUGAAAGCUAUAAUCCCUUAUUGAUGUCACUUGUUAAAUCCACUUCAAUCAGUGCAGAUGAAGGGGAGGAGACAGGUUAAAGAAGGAUUUUUAAGCCUUGAGACAAUUGAGGCAUGGAUAUGUGUGCCAUUCAGAGGGUAAAUGGGCAAGACAAAAUAUUUAAGUGCCUUUGAACAGUGUGUGGUUUGCAUCAAGAACUGCAAUGCUGCUGAGUUUUUCUCACUCAACAGCUUCCCGUGUGUAUCAAGAAUAAUCCACCACCCAAAGGACAUCCAGCCAACUUGACACAACUGUGGGAAGCAUUGGCGUCAACAUGGGCCAGCAUCCCUGUGGAAAGCUUUCGACCCCUUGUAGAAUCCCAACCAGGUCUCAGAGCAUUUCAUAUUAUUCUGUAUGUAACCUCAAGACACUCCAUUUAGAAUGAUACGUUUGGUAUGGUUACAUUAGAAAGAUGGUUACUUAAGUAUUUUUUUAAUUAACUAGGCAAGUCAGUUAACCCUUUUAGAUACCCUUCCCCUAACCCUAACCCUUUUAGAUACCCUUCCCCUAACCCUAACCCUAACCCUUUUAGAUACCCUUCCCCUAACCCUAACCCUAACCCUUUUAGAUACCCUUCCCCUAACCCUAACCCUUUUAGAUACCCUUCCCCUAACCCUUUAACCUAACUCCUAAACUUAACCCCUAGCCUAGCUAACAUUAGCCACCUAGCUAAAAUUCGUAACAUAUACAUUUUUCAAAUAUGAAACAUAUUGUACUUUUUGCAAAUUCAUAAUGCAAAUUAUAAUUCAUAACAUAUCAUAAAAAAUGUGAUUGGAUUUACAUACAGAAUAAUACAAAAUGCUCUGAGACUAGAUUAAGAGCCCAUGCCCCGACGAAUUGAGGCUGUUCUGAGGGCAAAAGGGGGUGCAACUAAAUAUUAGGAAGGUGUUCCCAAUGUUUUGUAUACUCAGUGUGUUGUUUCUUACAUACUGUGAUUUAAGUAUCGUUUGCUAUGAUAAGCACAUACCCACUGAUGCCAUUCAACUUUUUUGCUAACUAUUUUUACAGAUAGUCCCACAUUUGAAUAAUGUGGAUUUAUCUAUUAAACUUCAUUGGUGUACAUUUCAAAUGUCAAAUAAAAAUGCUCAAAAUGUUAUUUUCUAUUUCUCCCUAUAGUAGUGUAAAACUGUUGGUGACAAUGAAAAUAUAAGCAUAUCCAGUAGCAUAUCCAGAAGACAUUUAGGUUUUCAUUUUUAUUUGGUUGGUUUUUCAUUCUACAUACUUUGUUCAAACAUUUGGGAAUUAAACAAAUGAAAAAAUUUUAAAAAACAAGUACUUAAAAAAAAUAUAUUUACAGUUACCAUUCACAAGUAAACUCAGACAAACGUGUGGAAUGAUAUCUGAAGGAGGGAAACAGUCUUGUUUGUUCAAGUCGAGUCCGUAGUAAAGCACUGUAGUUUUAUGCAAGUAACACUUUCUCAGCACAACAAGAGUUAUUAUGAGGGGGGAUGGAAUGGCUGCCUAUGUCAUGUUCUGCAGAAGAGCUGUGUUUUCUUUUACAUUUGAAAUGACUUUGAAAGAACACACAGACCUCUGACAGGGUCAUCCCCAAAAUAAAAUGUAAUGUUAUACAAUAUGGCUUAGGGUUGCAAAAUGUUGCUGACUUUCCCAAAAUUCUCAGGUUUUCAAGAAAUCCGGGAAUCUUUCAUCUG